UAUGCUAAAGUACGUUACCUAUAUUUUAUUCGCCUUUGUUUCAAGCGGUCUUUACAAAGCCCUUGCUGAAAUGAGGACCCAUAGGUGUCCCGAAAAGAGGGAAGAAGUGUGUCUAGUGGAACUAUCGCCAGUGCUUGAGAACGUAGCCGGCCGGCAGAGGCAUGAAAAAGACGCUGGAUUUGCCAUAUUUGAUGAAACGCAAGGAGUGCUGGACAGAAUUGUAGGCCAUCAACAAGUCAUCGAAAAGCAAUUGAAGGCUGUACAUUACAAGGUGGAAAGCCAAAUAAAAAAGCUUCUCGCUUUAAUGGAACAAAAGGUUAAUAUAGUAUCCGAACAGAUAUCCUUGCAGGUAGCAAUCAAUGCCCUUUACUGCUCCCUUGAGGUAAAGAGUGUUUCGAAAUAUGGCACAAUCCAUUCUCAAUUUGAGAAGUUGGGCUCGAGGUACUUUUAUAUCGAGACGAAUGUCAGAAUGGAUUGGUUCAGUGCGGCGAGUACAUGUCGUGGGAUGGGAGGUCAUCUGGCGACACCCAAAGACGAGGAUGAACUGCACGUACUCCGUCAGAAGCUCGAUUCCAAGUGGUAUUGGCUGGACAUCAGUGAUCUUGCUAAAAAGGACGAGUACAUUUCUUUGGUCUCCGGUGAGAUAGCACCUUUUUUGAAGUGGAAUGAAGGGGAACCCAAUAAGAAUCCUGAUACGCACUGCAUUUAUAUAUAUGCCGGACACUAUUAUAAAUAUUUCUGUAACGAAAAAAAAUACUUCGUUUGCCAAGCCGAAGAUGCCAAGGAUCAUAAUAAUAACAACAUCGGAAGUAAUAAUACGAAUGUUAUAAAUCAUAAUAAUACUAAUGUCAACAUAAAUGUUAACAUUAAUAUUAAGAUAAAUAAGGAAAAAGAAAAACAAGAAAAAGAAAAACAGGAAAAAGAAAAAAAGGAAAAAGAAAAACAGGAAAAAGAAAAACAGGAAAAAGAAAAACAGGAA